AACAGGCGUUUGGAUUGAUUUUUAUUCAUUUCAGAGUUACUUAAAAAAGUUCUCUAAUAAAAGCACUGUUGCAAGUGAUAUGUAUGAAGCCCUGCAAAAGCACUGUGACAAGAAGCACUGUGGUUUAAUUAAUGACACCCUUGUACCUUGGCUUAAAACUCUUGGUUACCCUGUGGUCACGGUAUCAAAAAGUGACUCAAAAGCUAAUACUUACGUUGUCAAGCAGGAACGUUUUGUAUAUGACAAGAGCGCUAACGUCGAGACAAAAGGUUGGAGCAUAUACUUCAGAUACAAAACUGGUCUCAAAGGUGACAAGGUGGUAUUUGAAGCCAAUAAAUGGGUAACAGGGGACCAAGGCGAGAUUACGUGGGAUGGUGUUGGAUGGAUAAAAGGUAACGUGGAUCAAACAGGAUUUUACCGAGUAAAUUACGAUGCUAAAACAUGGAAAGGUCUGACAGAACAGUUGGAACAUAUCCACACAGGGGCUUUCACUGAAGCUGAUAGAUAUGGAUUGAUUGAUGACGCCUUCAACUUAGCAAGGGGAGGUCGUCUGAAUAUCACAACUGCUUUAAAUCUUAUCGGCUAUCUGAGGAAUGAGACGUCCUACUUGCCUUGGCUUGCUGUCCAUAAGAACUUAGAGUACAUACUUGGUAUCUUGCCAGUUGAUUCCAAUGUUUAUCGUCAACUGAAGCGAUUUCUUGCUUAUCAAAGCAAGCCUCUCUAUGAUAAACUGGGCACAGAUGACACUGGAUCACAUCUUGACAAGUGCGUUUUUCUUUAAAGUGUAUAUCAAGGAAAAAAUUUUAUUUUCAAAAUCACUUGUAUGUGAACAGUGUAGUAGUAUGGUUGCAGUAUUUUUGUAUGUGGACCUCUCUUUUCAGUGAUAUGAACAUUUGAAAUAUCAAUAUGCAAAUGAGAUGACGUAAAUUCAUGUGGUAGGGCUAUGUUAGUAUAAAGAAGCAUUGUAUAUCCUAUCCUUCAUUGAGUAGCCGUGUUAGUGGUAGGGC